AUCUUUUACUAUUCUCUAUUCUGUAUUAUUUCCAUUUUCAAUGGCUUGUUCAAUUUCAGUUCAAACCCUUUUACUUACUCCCAAACUACAUUCACCUUCUUCCAAUUUUUUUCCAGUUCUUGAAAUUAACAAAAACGAUAAAUUUCGAAAUAGAAAGAGGAAAGUUAUCAAAAGAUGCAGAGCAAUGGUUCAGCAGACUGUACAAGGACCUUCGGCUGCUUAUGCUAAGGAAAUGGAAAGGCUCUCUGCUAAAGAAUCUCUUCUUCUCGCUUUCAAAGAUGCUGGGGGAUUUGAAGCUUUAAUCACAGGAAAAACAACAGAGUUGCAAUGCAUUGACGUGAAUGAAAGAAUUGUUAGCCUUGAACGACUCAAUCCAACGCCUCGACCAACAACGUCUCCUUAUCUAGAAGGUCAGUGGAAUUUUGAGUGGUUUGGAUCGAGAAGCCCAGGGUUCCUUGCGGCUCGCUUUUUGUUUGAGAGGUUUCCUUCAGCAUUGGCAAACUUAUCAAAAUUGGAUGUGAUGAUCAAGGAUGAAUAUGCAAAUAUUGCUGCAAAUAUGAAAUUAUUGAACUUGAUAGAAAGCAACUUUAUUCUUUCCACCAGGUUAUCUAUUGAGGGGCCAAUGCGAAUGAAAGAGGAAUAUGUUGAAGGGAUAUUUGAAUCUCCAAAAAUUUACGAAGAAAACAUACCUCAACAAUUGAGAAGUGUUUUUGUUCAAGCAGCUAGCACAGUGCAACAACUUCCUGUUUCUAUUAGGGACACUAUGGCCAGUGGAGUCAAGAUUCCUCUUGGUGGAACAUUUCAGAGGCUUUUUUUGAUUUCUUAUCUGGACGAAGAGAUCCUGAUAAUAAGGGAUACUGCUGGAGUACCUGAAGUCCUUACAAGAUUAGAUGCCGCACCAUUGCCCUUGGCGGAUACAAUAACAGAAUAUGAAAGUUGAAGGCGUUUAAAUUGCAUUGAGGAGUAUAAUCACAAUUAUCUCGACCACCUUGACUAAGGGGAGAAAAACACUGCUGCUCUGGCUUUCCCUUUUUCGUUUUCCUCCAUUUUUGUUUCCCUCUUGUUUCUGUAAUAAUACAAAUUGACUGAUUUAUUCUAUCUUUGAAAGAAUUUGUAAAACUUUCCAUUUUUAUAAAUGCCAUUCGCAUAGACUUGGGAGUAGUUGAUUUUGCUUGUU